AUGCUUUGGAGGGAAAUCUUCCCGCUAAUCGCCGCCUUUUUUGCGGUCACUUUUGCACAAGAAGAUCAUUCCGAAGAAUGUCGUGCCGCAAUGCAAUCAUGUGAAGAUGAUCUCGAUUGCAAUAAUCUUCUCGGCCCACUCGCUGCUGCAUGUUCAACCCUCACUUGCCAGCCACAGUGUCGAUCGGCGGUGAUGAAUCUCUAUCAAAAUAAACUCGGACGAGUCCUUUUGAAAACUGAUGGUUCGUGUGUUCACGGAAGAGACGAGCUUCGACAGUGCAAUUUCAUGCCAAACGGAGAUGUUGUGCAUUGUGGAAUCGCGAAGCUGGCGUGCGAAGGGGAUUUACAGUGUCAAUCAAAACUCCAAGUGUACAUGUCAGAAUGUGAAGCUGAGACGGCAAAAGGCGAAUGCUCGACGAAAUGCCACGGAUUUUUGAAACAAUUAACGACCGUUCCCUAUGGGAAACUCUUCGAGAAAUGCACGUGCACGGAAAGAGAAGAUCAAUUAUGCCGGAAGAUGAGAGACGAAAUUCUUCAACCAUGCGUCAAUCCGAAACCCACCGCCGAUCCCACAUCUCCAUCUGGCCAUUCCACUCCUCGUCCUCCAACUCGAUCUCGUCCAUCUUCUUCCGAUAUCGAUCCCUCAUCAUCAAAUAUCGUUUUCCCGUCACUUAUCCUUUGUGCUCUUUUGGCUACUCGUGUCUUGUAUUUAUUACAAGAGUUC